AUGCCUCCUACACGCCGGAACCUGCACUCACAGGGCCAGCAACCACCGGUGAAGAAGGCCAGUACACGCGCCCCUGAACCCGUGGUACUGGGUUUAGAUGUCGGGACGACCGCUACGAGAGCCAGUCUAGCACCCUUCCGCUUGAAAGGCACCCUGAAAUAUUCUCAGCACCGAGAGCGACUUGAGGCCGGCGACAUUCCCUCCGCAGCGAAUCUUUUCGCCGUUGACAAGUCCCCAGAAAGCUGUAUUAGGUAUAUAGGCGAUGACCCCGACCAAACGCCCGUCAAGAUGUUUUUGUACAUUAUUCAAGUCUACAUGCUACGAAAGAGGGGAGACAGGAAGGAUUUAAAACAUGUGAAGAAAUUUCGCCAAAGAAUUCCCCAGUUAGAGCACUUCUUCAAGCGAUACGAUAACCUUGACGAGGAUAUGCAACAUAGAGUGAUGGCCCACGCACAAUGCAUUUUUCUGGCUCACCUUGGCCAAGUUAGGUGCCUAAGCGAAGAACUAGCGGAGUCUCAAAAUGUUAGCAUCACGAAACUUGCCGCUAUCAUCCCGUCUAAUUGGGACUCUUGGACGCAGCAACACUACGUGCGUCUACUAUUACGAGCGUGGGAUAAUUUGACGAAUGAUGACAUCACCAUUCUGCAUGAAUCAGAGGCCAUCGGUCACAGGAUUUUGCGCUUGGAUGAGAAGACGCGAGCAGCAAAACCAGAGCGAUUAAUUCUGGUAGACUUUGGAGGUCACACUCUGAGCCACACUACCUUUGAGAUCCAAUAUUGUAAUGAUCCCAACAAAUUCUCCUUCUUCAAGGUGACGCGAGAUAACUGCAUCCACGGCGGCUUAGAGCUCCACGCUUCCUUAGUAAAGGACAGAAUCCGAAAAGAUAUCGCCCGCGGAAAGAUAUGUGUUGAAAAGAAAGAUGAGCCUUACGUAUACGAAAGCUUGAUGACCGACUAUCGCAAUAACUAUCGUAGCAGGAUCGAUGGGAAACAGUUUCGGCUUGAGGGAUGGAAGGACCCAGAGAAGAGGGGUGGCUCCGUGACAGUCAUUUUCAAUGGCAAGGAGUCGCUGAAACACUAUCGAGAUUCCUUUAUCAGACCACUUGCAGAAAUGGAUACUCUGUUUGAGAAUGCUGCAAGGUCUUCUCCAAAUACCGCCGUUGUGCUAAGUGGAGGCACGUUCUCUAACGUCCAUUGGAAGGUAGAAUGCAAAUCAUCUAGCGUUGCUGUUGGCGCGGCCUUGGCCUUGGUCAAUUCGUUGUCAGUGGAGCAAUUCAUGAGCCGAGCAGCUAUUGCAGUCCAAGUGAAGCCUACAAAAGAAGCCGACAUACCAGUUAUCUGGAGCGUACGUGAACCCCGUGAGGCCAGUGUUACUGUCCGAGGCGGCCGACAAGUCACAGAUGUCGUAAUUGCAUGCUGUCCACUGCCCCCCCAUGAUGGGCUGAGUGUGAGGUUUGAAAACACCUUUGAGCUCCAAUCACUCUCGGACAAGCUCUGCGGCAAAUAUACAAUGUCACUUGACUAUAAGCGGAGAGAUGAUGGUAAAGGAAUACCUGACCAGCUUAUAUUGACUGUCGCAAAACAUGGCUCCAGAAACUCUUCAUGGGUGGAAACUGUUGAGUGGCCUAUCUAUUACGAUGCCGGCGCCUGCGUCUGUUUCGUUGACUUUGAAAAAUACGAAAAGUUGACAAGUAGCGGCCAGGGCGUGCCCCAGCAAGCUCCCAGGGGCCGCAGAAACCAGAAAGGAACACCCCGUGCCUCUCAUCGGAUUUGGGAACAGAUUCAACGUGAUGAGGGGAGAUCAUAUUGGGAAGGGUUCAAGACCCCAAUCCCUCCCACACCUACUCUGGAAGAGUUUGAAGUGGACAUAAUUACCCAACACAACAACGCAUCAGCAAUUGACGACCUUGAAUCAGACUUGGAACCUGUACAUGGCAUAACUCGCGGGAAAAUUACGAAAAUUACCCGCCCACAGUUAAGCAAGACCUCUACAUGUAAUUUUUCCGGCCGGAGAAAGACAAAGCUCGCGACCCGAGCAGCCAGGAAACAACACAAUAGAAGCCAAAUGGGGAAACCAAUAGCUGGUUUAUGCAAUGCCGCCCAUCAGAAGGCUGCAUGUGGCCAAAAUGUCACAGACCCAGGCGUAGUGCCAGAUUAUAUGGAGUGUUCGUCUGCGCCGAUGGAGACGACAACGAAAGACUGUGACAGCCGGACGCGCCACACCUUUGCAAGCCGUACUCGGAGCAGGCAAAGUAUCGAUUUACUUCCGAGACUGUCGCGACAUGCCCGGCAUGUUUCACGUUGCGGCCUGACUGCAAGCGACGGGCUAAGCCAGCCAGGGAUGAACAGAGAUGAAGGCACGGGAGUCUCUCAAUCUAGAAACGCAACCGGCGACCAAACAUAUACCCACGCCAGCUCGGAUCAUCUUAUGGGCUCUCCCGCAUAUCCCAUUCAGCUCUCUCCAAAUACAUCAUACCACGGCAUGAGCACGCAAAACCAGGCCGACACCCCUCGCCACUCCCCGGAUUUCGUACCAGGAGCUCUAUCAGGAGACAGGCACGAGCUACACCCGGCCGCUGGCGAGUAUGGCCUAGCAGACCUCAUGUGCAAUUCGCAAGAGACUGAAUGUGAUGAGAACGAGCACAUCCCAUCGCAGAUAAACAUCCAAGAUAUAUACGGCUGCCCAUAA